UACCCAGAAAUCAGGAUAUUUGAAGCAUUUAGUGCGCAUGUCCCAUGCUGGAUGCUGUCCUGUCAAUGGCUCUCCAGAUGACAACAGUGGUGUUCACCAGUAGUGGAAGUAAUCCCUCCUUGGCUUUCAGUGUGUUUCUGGAGCAGAUUGCGUGCGGCCGUGUAUUGUUAUCGGAUACACAGGACACAGGACUCGCAUGCUGCAACGGGAAUACGGUAAAUGCCAAACGAUAUAGUUGCAUGUCAGCGCCAGACAAUGGAACCGCCCACAAAGGACCCAUUUUUCCAUAGAAUUUCAUAAAUGUUGGCAUGCCAGUGGCGGAGCAGGAACAUGACCAGAAUCUGGUGUCGGGCGUUGUAGGAGCAGCAUGAGAGGAGCAUUGGGAACUCACUGACUCGGCCGGAGUACAAGUGAAGUAGCAAACGGAUAACGCCUCGAUAAGUCAGGAAUAUUGUCGGGAUCAUGGGCAGUCUCCCGAAUCUUCACGAGCUGGAGGAGGCGGAGCGCAAGCGGGAGAAGCGGCGGGAGUACGAGCUCCUAUUGGAGCAGCGGGCCAGGGACACCAGUCGAGAGCGGGAGCGUCUAUCUGCCUUUGCCCAGCAACGAAAGCAAUCUUCGUACAAUGCCUAUAUCAUGGCUGGUCUGGGCAUCGGCGGUGGCUCGUUAAGCCUCACAGCCACCGGGAAUGGUGAACUGCCCAGUGGCAAUGGUACUGCGUCUGGAAAGUCCCAAUCCCAGGCGACGGGCGGCGCAAAUCCGGCCACCACCACCACAACCACGCUGAGCGGCUUCGCCAUGCUGGGCCUGACCAAAAAGUACCAGCACCACCAUCCACAUCAGCACCAGCACCAACAGCACCAGCACCGUCACUCGCUGACCACCAGGCAUCGGGUGCUCCGGACGAGGAGCUCCGGCGGUACACAGAACGUCUGGGACGAGCAAAUGAUGGAGCACCUGACCACCUACUCGCCCUCGCCCAUAUCGACGCGGUCGCAUCGCAUCAAUCCAGUGUCCUCCUACCAAGUCCAAGCUGCACUGGCCGCUUCGAGGCGUCGGGAGUCGAUUAAUAGCUCUAUCGGAGCCACCUCCAUCCGGCGGCUGAUCACGCUGAACAACCGCAACUGCCGCCACAAGGUGCCCGCCCACGUGCGCCAGAAGGCGUGGCGGCAGUUUACAUGCCUCAGCCUGGCCCACGGCCUGAUGAACUGCGUCCUGCUGCCGGUGAUGGCCCUGCAAGGCUCCAACGCCGUCUGGCAUCAUCGAGAGCAGUGGCUGCCCCUGGGACCGGACGUGGGAUCCCUGCUGUUGAGCCUGCUGUUUCUGGUGGCCGCCGGCAUGAGCCUGCCCAGCCUCCGGUUGAUACGCAGGUAUGGAUACACGCCCCUGCUGGCGGCCAACUACUUGGCGGUGACCCUGUUCCUGGUCUCGCAUCUGUAUGCCUCGAUAUACACGCUGUUGCCGGCCUAUCUGCUCCUGGGAAUGACCAUCAGUGGAGCCGGGGGCUCCAAGGCGGCCCUGAUCGUGCACUACGGCGGGAAGCUGAGCUGCUCCCAGCAGCAGCAGCACACCUGCGACUCCCAGCAGGCCCAGGAUGUGCUCGUUCACGAGGAGCACAAGAUGUUCUGCAACCGGGAUCAGAAGGUGAGGCGGCUGGCGCGCUGGUUUCGUGCCUCCCAGGAUCUGGGCCUGAUAGUGGGUGCCCUGCUGGCCUCCCUGCUCCUGGCCUGCACCCACGGGGACUGGAGCACGGAUUGCAAUGCCUCCGGAUCAUCGAACGACAGCUGGCCACCACAGCUGCGGGAUUUCUACAAUCGCAACGAACACGGAGAGAGGAUCUGCGGCGCCGACAUGUGCCCAUUGCGGGUGCAGUCCCUCCUGGCCGUCGGUUGGAGCAAUGGCAGUUCUUUGCCGGGCCGGAGCGGCUCCUCCAUCUAUUCGGGCUUCAUCGAAAGUGGUCCUCGCGUUGACGGAGAGUCGCUGCUAUGGCUUUAUAUUCUCUUCUCGCUGGCAGCGUUGACGCUGUCCCUUCUCAUGGUGGUGGUGGGCAAGGUCCAGGCCACGGGUCUCCUGCGUCCCACGGAACGAUCGGCGGCCGGCGGCGGCAGUCUCAGGGAUGUUUCCAUAACGGAUACCCUGCUCUUCGCCGGUCCUCUGGCCUACUUCGUGGGCACGGAACAGGCCUACAUGCUCGGCGACUUCCUGAGGGCCUUCGUGUCCUGUUCCCUGGGAAUCGGGAUGAUUGCCGGCGCCCUGAUCGGCAUGGGCCUGAUGCAGUUGAUCGUCUCCUGCACCCUCAGCAUGCUGCUCCGUCACGUCAAGCGGAUAGUUGUGAUUUUGGCCGGCUUCUUCUUCCACUCCUGCCUGCUCUUGGCCCUCUCCAGCUGGAAGCCAUCGAGCGACGACAGUGCCCUCUUCUACGUGAUUGCCGCCUCGUGGGGAGCCUGCAACGGAAUGUGGGAGACCCUGAUCCUGUCGCUGGUGACCCUCAACCAUGCCGGGAACGUGGCCGAAGUCUCCGCCCCGCUGCAGGGACUCCGAUUCCUGGGUCUCGGACUGACCUUUGCCGGGCAUGGCUUCCUCUGCGAAUCGGUGAAGAUCAUAGCACUGGUGGUGCUGCUCGUGAUCAGUGUUCCGCCGUAUGCCACGCUGGAGAUCCGGCUGGAGGCGCAGCGCAAGGCGACGCUCAUCAGCUUAUGACGCAGCAUCUUCAGCUAGUCCCGACGCCUGCGACGGGGCACCGUUGCCCGGACGCACACCAUGUGAUUCCGGCGGAAUCGGAGCACGGAGCAGAAGCAUCGUCAGAUUCAAUGGCCACUCUGGUUAGAGUGGCAGACCCAAGACCCGGAUGAGGGAAAUGGAGGGAAACCCGUCAGUAUUCGAGAUACAGAUCGAGAGACAAAAGUCAAAAAGAAGCUAGUGAAGCUACACUUCAGUAUUACCACCCCAUCGGAGGUGGGGGGCUGAGGAUUACCAAGGUUGCGAAGGUUCUAGAGAGUAUACCACCUCUAUCAUCUAUAUACGAUUAUAAUGCAAUUAUAAUUCUACAAUGGUUUUUGGAGAUCUCUCAAAGUUGUAUCCUUUGGUAAGGCUCAGUCCCUUUGCUUUCGAUAGAGAGGCCUAGGUUUUUAGUUAGAUUUCUAAGACUAGAAUCAUAAGAUUGAUUUAUUAAUACCUAUACUUAUAAAGAGGGGAUCCGUACGUUUCGGUUUCGGUUCUCCCAUCCGAUAUG